GAAGCUUUCUCCAACGGAUUUUAAUUACAGAUCAUCAAAGACGCCACAACAGCUGCAACUAAAAAAGACAUCAUAAUAUCAAGACCGUCUUCUACCAAACCCCUUCGCAUGGAUUAACAGGAAAAUCCAUCCCGCAGAAAACUAUAAUCUCCACUUUAGCACCCAGCACAACAAAUCCCGGCUGGAGUCGGAAGUUUUUCCACCUCGCUUGAACCAACAAACAUUGAACAACAAGCUGGAAAAGUGAUUCAAGUCAUCUGGCAACCGACUGCUGCAGCACCUGGAACUCAGCUCUAGCUAGUAGCGGUCUUAAUUUUGUCUCGAUAUUGUUGUUGUGGAAAAUAUUGAAACACCCCUACCAUCAUCCUGAACUGAGGAUUGCUUUGGGAAAAAGGAUGUUUAUGGCAGCCAAUAAAUGGUCGGCAACUUGAUUGGGACUUGGACGUUGUCAUCUUUGAGAAGCCGGAGAGCAGCUGUUUCCGGGUUCAACCAUUUAGUCUAAGCAAGACUUGAGACUCGGGUCCACAUCCGGGUGAGCUUCUUUAUCACCAUCUGACGGUCGUUAAGUGCGGACCCGCUCUCUAGACUCUAGACUUCCGGAAAGCAACUGUUCGAGGGCACCCAAUAAAUUCUGGUACCGGUCCAUAAGAGCUGUCUGGAACCGUUUCGUUUACGUAUUCCCUAGACUUGGGACUAGUUUCACGAUUGUCCUCCUUCUUCUGCAGCCACAACUCGGGAAUGCAAUAAUGAAGUGAUAUCGAAACAAACCCACCCACAUUGGUGAGCUCCAUAAAUUCGAUGGGAAGUUGAGGAGCGACAUGUUGGGUGUUUUUUCUCUUCCUCUUUCGGUUCCGGAACUGUGAAGUGCUAUUUUUUGCCUCAAGAAUGGGACUGAUAAGGCAUAGACCAUCGAUGGACCGGAAGGGGCGGAAUCUGCUAACAUUAGAGGUGGUCGGACUGCAAUCGAAAGCCAUAACGAGAACUCGGUCCGGCCAAGUGAUAUACAGCAACAGAAGUCGUUAUUCCGCAAUUAUGGGCAAACCAUUGCGAUAAAAUUCCUCCACCGGUGUCACACUUCCGCCAGAUUCGAUCCAAUAUAUUGAAAAGCCAUCUGCGGAGAUUCCUCAAGCAUAACAAGAAAAAAAUAACGAGAAGGCGAGAAUCGAAGCAAAACAAAUUGCAAACGAAACAAAUAGCUCCCUGGCAGCAGACAGCAUUCUUGCGGUUCAGAAGCGAAAAGUUCCUCAAUAUCAGUCGGAAGAAAAACAAUUUUGAAAUCCACUUCCACGAAAGAACUUCGACACUCAUCCCCCCAUUCCACAAGAUCAAGAACGGAAACCAGGAAAAAACCAAUAAAAAUACAGCCAACCGAAUGAAAUGAGCUAACGAAAGCGGAAAACUUCAACCGCAACACUUCAACUUUUCAGUCCAUCCAGCAGCAGCGAGCAGCCAAACGAAGAAUCAGAAGAUAAAAAAAUUCUCCCACCAGCGGGAAAAAGUAAUUACCGAAUAAAGUAAAAGAAAAAUAAAUAAAUUGUGUGACCAAAUCCUGAAUCAAGGCAACUAGAGUAAAAAAAACCAAACCAACAAUGACGUACGUCAAGUGGCAGUACUUUUGUGUGAUCUAUUUCCUGCUCGUAAGGCAUCUGAACGGGUCCACCAUGGAUCUGUACAAGAAUUCGCGGCUCAGUCAACGGAUAGUGCAGACGCGCUAUGGCCGACUUCAGGGUCUGAUACUGCCGCUCGAGGGCUACAAAUUUCUGAAACCGGUGGAGGCGUUCCUGGGGGUCCCUUAUGCGACACCGCCCACCAAAAUGAACAGGUAAUGCAGUUGAUUAUAU